AUGUCCGGUGUCCCUCUUGCCAUUGAGCCUAAGGACGGUGAAGCCCGGGUAGUGGCGCCUCGAAGCCCAGGCGUCUCAUUGGCCGGGACCGUGGUCACCAUGUUGAAUGUCUUUGUGGGGGGUGGCAGCGUGGUUUUGCCCUAUGCAUUUCGACUCUCAGGAUGGCUUUUUGUCCCACUUCUCCUCGCUGUGGGAGUGCUUAUGGGAUUCACUUUGUGGAUCAUGGGCUUCUUGCUCAGCUCCCUUGAUCAGCGUGCCGAGGAGAUGGGGAUGCCCCGCUCCCAGCGUGAUUGGGGGUUGAUCGGCUACGCUGCUUUCGGGAACGUUGGUCGCCUGCUUUUUGCUGGCUGCAUGUUCUUCGACUUGUCCGGAGGGGCACUGGUGCUAGUGAGCAUCGUUAUUGAGCAGCUUCCUUUCCUGCUACCUUUCAAGCACAACGUGACCGCUGUGCUUUCCUGUGCUUUGGCGUUCAGCUGCUGCCUUCUUCCGAAGAGAUUCUUUUCGGUGAUGGCAGUUUUGGGCAUGGCUUCCCAGGUCCUUCUGAUCUUGGGCCUUGUGAUCACAGGUUCAGAGCUCUCAUCUCUGAAUGAGGUCGCAUCUGACCAGGUACUCUUGAAAGCAGGAGGUGUUCCGUCUGCUUUUGGCAUUGCCCUUCUCUGCUUUCUGGCCCACAGCGAGGCACCCCUCAUCUACCAGAUGAUGGAAGACCGGAAGCAAUGGACCAAGGCCGUGGUCUACAGCAUGACCCUCACGGAAGCCUUUCUUCUGAGCUUUGGCGUGCUGGGCUACGGCUUCUUUGGCGGAAGUGUUGCCGAGUCCAUUGCAGACAACAUUGGCCGUGACUUGGAGCUUCAGGUCCUCCCAGGGGGCUUGAAUGUUCUCCUUGGUGCCAUUACAAUUCUCGGGCUCAGCACGAAGCAGUUGGUGACACUGCCUUUGCUGCUAGAUGCUACGACGGACCUCUUCGGAGAGAAAUUGCAGUGGAAAGGCCAGCUCCUCAUGAAGGCCAUUAUCCUCAGCGUCUCUGGGGUCAUUGUCGUGAUGCUGAAGGACGCUGUGGCGUUCAUCGGCGACUUGGUUGGCAUUCUGCCAGCAAAUGGCGUUUGCGUCAUUUUCCCAUGUGCUGCUUUGCUGCAGAUGUAUGGGCAGCAGAUGAACAUCUGGCAGCGCAUGGGCGUGCGCGCCUUGGUAGUUAUUUUUACCUUGUAUAGCAUCUUUGGAACGGUCUCCACUAUCCAGCAACAGGUGAAUGCUAUGUAA